UGACGCAUUGACGCGGUUACGUGGGACGCCGGAGUUUGGAGUCCGCGCCAUGGCAAGGAAGGUUUCCUAUUUCUAUGACCCGGAUGUGGGCAACUUCCACUAUGGUGCUGGACACCCAAUGAAACCACAUCGCCUGUCUCUCACACACAGCUUGGUUCUUCACUACGGACUCUACAAAAAAAUGAUGGUCUUCAAGCCGUACCAGGCCUCUCAGCACGACAUGUGUCGUUUUCACUCCGAAGAUUACAUCGACUUCUUACAGCGCGUGAGCCCCAACAACAUGCAGGGCUUCACCAAGAGUCUGAACACCUUCAAUGUGGGGGAUGAUUGUCCAGUUUUUCCCGGAUUAUUUGAGUUCUGCUCGCGCUAUACAGGAGCUUCUCUACAGGGAGCAACGCAACUGAAUAACAAGGUGUGCGAUAUUGCCAUCAACUGGGCAGGAGGACUUCACCAUGCCAAGAAAUUCGAGGCUUCGGGCUUCUGUUAUGUCAACGACAUUGUCAUUGGGAUCCUUGAACUACUGAAGUAUCACCCUCGUGUCCUCUACAUCGACAUUGACAUCCAUCAUGGUGAUGGGGUGCAGGAAGCCUUCUACCUCACAGACAGGGUCAUGACUGUAUCCUUCCACAAGUAUGGGAACUAUUUUUUCCCAGGAACAGGUGACAUGUAUGAAGUGGGAGCUGAGAGCGGGCGUUAUUACUGCCUCAAUGUUCCUCUCCGCGAUGGGAUCGAUGAUCAAAGCUACAGACUGCUGUUCCAGCCCGUUAUCAAGCAGGUUGUGGAUUUCUAUCAGCCAACCUGCAUCGUGCUCCAGUGCGGUGCGGAUUCCCUCGGCUGUGAUCGGCUCGGUUGCUUCAAUCUCAGUAUUAAAGGGCACGGGGACUGUGUGGAGUUCGUGAAGAGUUUCAAUAUCCCUCUGCUGGUGAUGGGUGGCGGGGGUUAUACAGUCCGCAACGUUGCCAGGUGCUGGACAUUCGAAACUUCGUUACUGGUUGACGAAGAGAUUAGUGACGAGCUGCCAUAUAACGAGUACUUUGAGUACUUUGCACCAGACUUCACGCUUCACCCGGAUGUGAGCACCAGGAUUGAGAACCAGAACACAAGGCAGUACCUCGAUCAGAUCCGGCAGACCAUCUUUGAGAAUCUGAAAAUGCUGAAUCACGCACCCAGUGUCCAAAUCCACGACGUUCCGUCAGACCUCCUGAGCUACGAACGGAGUGAUGAGCCCGACCCUGAGGAGCGUGGGUCCGAGGACAACUACAACAGGCCCGACGCUGGCAACGAAUUUUACGACGGUGACCAUGAUAAUGAUAAGGAGAGUGAUGUGGAAAUCUGAGAACCAGAUCUGUGGCUUUCCGUCCCAUAGAGCAGAGCUGAGCGUCUCUCGUCGGCCUGACACAGG